GCGGACCCCUUCGGUAGCAGCGGGGAAGAAGCGCCGAAGCCGGUACCGAAGAAGGCGAGCAAGAAGCCCGCCAAGUCUCGGCCCGCAGCGCCCAAGCCCGAAGCGGCAGCGCCUGCUGCGGAUCCCUUCGCUGACUCGGAUGCAGACGCUCCCUCAGGUGCGCCACCAGCAGCCGGUUACCCUGCUCCAGCCGCGCCGAAGGAUCCUUUUGCCGACUCGGACGAUGAGUCUGGCCCGCUACUACCUGGCCCGCCGGCCGAG